AUGUCCACGGCUUCCGCCGACGCGUCUCCGGCGCGUGGAGCUCAGCCGGUAUGUGAUUCCUUCUUGUUCUUUUUUAUUUUUUUAUUUUUUUUUGAAAUCGUCUCUUCUCUUAAUCUCUCUGUCUCUCCCUUCGAUCGGAUUGUCCCCUUCCGAUCGCGACAGCUGGCGGUGAGGAACCUCAUCAACGGGGAGUUCGUGGAGUCGCGCUCGGAUUCACUCAUUGAUGUCAUCAAUCCCGUGCGUGCAUUUUAUCUCUUCGUAUUGAAUUAUACCCGUCCGUGAAUGCUGAUGCUGAUUGGAUGAUAAUCUCGGUUGCUCCAGCUUCCUUUUCUCAGAUGAUCUAGUAAUUCUUCUUGUUAAUUGUUGCGGCAGGCUACCCAAGAGGUGGUUUCGCGUGUCCCUCUAACUACCGAGGAGGAGUUCAAGGCAGCUGUAUACGCCGCUAAGAGAGCGUUUCCCGCAUGGAGGAACACCCCAAUAACAGCACGACAGCGGGUCAUGUUCAAGUUUCAGGAGCUCAUCCGGAGGGACAUGGUUCGCAUUUACGACGGAUCUCGAUUUUCUGUUAUCUCUUGGUGGAUCUUUCCUUCCUGAGACAUGAUUGUGACUUUUUUUCUUGUUUGUGCAGGAUAAGCUUGCGCUGAACAUAACAACAGAACAAGGAAAGACCCUACGCGACGCACAGGGAGAUGUUUUCCGCGGGUUAGGUCUGUUUUCUAACCGUUAUUCCCUGCAAUUAUCCUGUUUCCUGCGUAAUUUUGUGGCCGAUAAACUUCUGCCUGAACCCUUUCUCUGCAAUGUCGAUUGAAUUGGAUGUCAUUGCAAGCUGUCUGGGUAGGCAUGAGUGAGCAGAUGAUCUCUUAGGGUGAGAAUAUUGAGUUUUCUUUUGUGAUAUCGUGCAGAGGUAGUGGAGCAUGCCUGUGGAAUGGCAACGCUUCAGAUGGGGGAAUUCGUCUCCAAUGUCUCUCAUGGGAUAGACACCUACAGCAUAAGAGAACCGCUUGGCGUCUGUGCAGGGAUAUGCCCCUUUAAUUUCCCUGCAAUGAUCCCUCUCUGGGUACUCACCUAAACUCUGAGCUCUCCCCUCUCUGGGUGCACUUGGUCACAAGCUCAGCUCUUGGACUUUUCGACCCUUGUUAUUUAGAUUUCAUCUUUGCAUGACUAUCCUUUAACUUCCCAACUUGUCAAAAAAUGUCUUUUCAGCCCGUCUAUUUCAAAACGAUUUGAAGGAAGUCUUGCUUUGAUGGCAUUUGCAGAUGUUUCCGGUUGCUAUUACAUGCGGCAAUACAUUUGUAUUAAAGCCAUCUGAGAAAGAUCCAGGUGAAUAUCCCACAGUUACUGUCAAUCGUUGUGUUUGGGUCUGUAGUAUUAUUCAAAGUUGAAUAAGGCUUUCAUCUUUUUUUUUUCCUGGUAUAUGCAUGAUUAUUGGUUCAAAAGACAAUGGAAAACAACGUGCUACAGAGAAACAGAAGGACAAAAGAAAGAUUUUAAGAUCCCAGCUUGUUCCUUGCUUCUCAAUUUAGCAUUCCUCCGAUUAUAUUACGUCGUUUUGCACUUCAGAGUAGCUUUAUGACCACAAAAUAAUUAGCUCUACCUUAUCUUCUCCAGUAAAAAGGAAGAUUUUUCUAUGUCUAUAGGUUGGUCUGAGUUACUAUUCGGUUGGAUUCCUUUUCAGGGGCGGCUAUGAUUCUCGCAGAGCUGGCAAUGGAAGCAGGUGUACCUGAUGGCGUCUUAAACAUUGUCCAUGGAACUACUGUGAGCUUUGACUUUAUUACACCCUGUUUUUAUGAUUUUCAAAAAGCUUUUCCGUAUCCUUUUUCUACUAUCCAGAAUUAAAUCGCCUCAUGUUGAUCAAGUCUUCUCAUUUUGACUAGGAUACUGUGAACAAUAUUUGUGACGAUGACGAUAUCAGAGCCAUAUCAUUCGUUGGUUCAAACGCCGUAAGUUGAUGUCUUCCGAAUCGUUGUGUACAUGGAAACAUCUUUUAUACUGGGUGUUGUGUUUUCCUGUGCAAAAGCAUAUUUUUUAUUCCUCGCAGUAGAAUGUUCCAUUUGUAUACACCAGUGCACUGUCUUUCACUUAAAAGAAGUUAUAUUUACCGCUAUAUGAACAAGGAGGAAAAAGCCUACAAUGAACAAAGGACAAAAACAUUGCAUGGAUUCUGAGGUGUCUGAGUGAAUCAAGGAACAAUUUUUUAUCCCAAAAUCUUGUCAUAGUCUAUCAAAUUUAAAUGCUUAACUAGUUCUGUUAGGCCGAUGCUGAAAAUCUUAAUUAUGGUAAAUAUUGGAAUCUUCAAAUUUUAGAUAGUUUCAUCAGGUUGUCCAGUCUCCAAACUAACAAUCGUGGCUCAGCUUGUGAUACUUUUGUUCCCCUAUGAUUGGAAAGAAACACACUAGAUCUCCCAGCCUAGAACAACCCUUCUAAACCAUUGCAGAUUUCAGUAGAAUAUUCCAUUGGAUAUUAGUGGUGAGAUACUUCAUUCUCUGUAUGAGCCCUAUGAUUGCACUUCGGGGAAGUGUCAAUACAUUGCUGGCUAGGAAUCUCAUAUUCUUCUCUCGCUUGUGAAGCACAUUGUCCACAUUUUUUUGGGGUAGGCUUUAGGAAUCACCGAAGCUAACAAUCAAUGCUCUUUCUCGUGAACGAUUUCCAGGCUGGAAUGCACAUCUAUGGCAGAGCUGCAUCCAAGGGAAAACGUGUUCAGGUAAGUUUUUUUUUCUUUGCGUAAGCUGUUUCUCUCUAUUCAUUUGGCUAUAUAGAUCCUCAUACACAAGUGAGUGCACACACGUUUAGGAAUGUUUUUAGAUGCAAUUAUCUGAUGUCCGAAUUCUAACCGUUUCAGUCGAACAUGGGCGCAAAAAAUCAUGCAGUAAUCAUGCCUGAUGCAAGUGUUGAUGCUACUUUAAAUGCACUGGUAGCUGCUGGUUUUGGUGCUGCCGGGCAGAGGUGUAUGGCACUUAGCACAGCUGUUUUUGUUGGAGGAUCAAAGCAAUGGUAUAUGGUUCAAGUUUGUUUGUUUUUUUCACAACAGCUAUAGUCAUGAGAUAUUUAGAAACUCAGAUCCUUCAGUGCUGUUAGAUUCAUUUUAUACCCUUUCAUUCUUACCAGGGAAGAUGAACUAGUAAAACGUGCCAGAUCACUAAAAGUGGGCGCUGGAGUUGAGCCUGGGAUAGACCUUGGACCAGUGAUCACCAGACAAGUACGUAUUUCAUAUGAGAAUGGAUUUUCCUUGCCAAUCUUCUUAGUGAACGAUACGUCUAUUGUUUUACGCUAAACUUUGAAUUCCUGUCCUCAAGUUUCUCUCCCCUGUCACUGAACCCAUAACCCCCAAUGUUAGUUUCCCCAACAAAGAUGAGUUUUCGCUUUGCCGGGGAAACUAACCAUUGACUCCCUACCGUAUAGAUCACCCCUCCGUUUCUUUAAAUCGCCGCGGUUCGUUUUUAAUAUGGUCCAUUCCUAAUCCCACUUGUUUCAGAUUUCCUUUUUAUGUUAUGAAUCAUUUAUUUUCCUUUGCGAAGUCUUGCUUCUAUUUAAAUCAUCUGCCCUACCAUGAUCGCGGAAAAUUCAUUACUGGUUCAUGCUGGCAGGCAAAGGAGCGCAUUUGCAGUCUCAUCCAAAGUGGUGUUGCCAGUGGUGCUCGUCUUGUGCUUGAUGGGAGAGAUAUUACGGUAAUUUUCUGCUUGAACGUUAUAAUACCUGUAGUACAUGCACCAGAAUCUUGGAAUUUUUAGAAGCUUGUGUAAAAUCACAACCUAGUAGUUGCAUUAAACAUCACAAGAAAGAUGGAGGCCGUUGCAUCAAACGCAUCCACCUAUCGAGAAAACUUGAAACACGGUGGCCCAAAGAAAGAAAAGACAGCCUAUCAAGAUGAUGAGUGUAUGGAAGGACUCAUGACUUUCAUUUCAAUUUACACAGCCAUUCCUUCGCCCUUGGACGAGAUGUGAUGCAUUAGAUAAACUUGGUUCCAUCAAUCAAAUGGAGAGCUUAUUUCGACUCAGAACACAAAAAUAAAUUUAUGCAGACAGUAUUAAUUGAGAUUUUCGCUAGUAAAGUUCGUGAUACCUGAGACUAACACCUUGACCAGAGAGCAUCUUGCCUCCAAAAUGCCGGUCUUCAAGGAUUUCAUUGAUUUUGUUAGAGCAGACUAGGACAUGCCUGUAUCUUAUACAUGCGUAUCAGUUGCAUGGGUUGAACUAAACAUUUGGAAGUGUAUAAAAAUAACGAUCUGUUUUAUAAUUUGUUGUGAAUUUUAGAAUUAUAUUUAGUGAGAAGCAAGAACAUACGGAUCCCUGCACUAGAUUUCUCAAUGGAAGGAAGGAGAAAAGGUGCACAGGUUGUGCCAGGGGUGGGUGAGUCAUGGAGGUGCUUGGGUAGGGGCAGUGGAUGCUGCCUGGUGACAAAGAGCUUGGAAAUUGGUUUUGUAUUACCAGAUCACGGGCACUAAAGAAUUGAAUUGACUUCUUGUCGAGGGCGAUCAAGUCCUUGGUCUGGUCUCUCACGUUCAUCAGUUGAUUAUUUUCUGAAUUCACGGAAAGAUGUGAGCAGUGCCUUGACUUCUUGGACUCGAAACAGGUCCCUGGCUACGAGGAUGGGAACUUUGUUGGACCAACUAUCCUGGCCGACGUCACGGGCGACAUGAAAUGCUAUGAGGUACCUUUCGAUCGUCUUGCCUAUUCUGACCUGCAUUUUCUGGGAUUAACGAAAUUUUCACGAGACCAAGUCUUUUAGCACCAAUGGAGAGACGGUAUCUCAUCAUUUUGAGAUGAUAAAGUGGGUGAUCUGAUGCUAACAUAAUCGCGUGCCUUUGUGCUAGUGCAGGAAGAGAUCUUCGGCCCUGUCCUCCUAUGCAUGCAGGUAACAAGAGCGACGAGCUGUUAGAUGAGCUUUUUUUUCCCCUCGCUUUGCGUUUCCUCGACAGUGGGAGGAGCUUCUGACCACGAUCCUGUGACGGCAGGCUGAGAGUCUCGAAGAGGCUAUCGAGAUUGUGAACAAGAACAAGUAGCCUGCCAUACCUCGCCCUGUGUCUCUUGGAUUUGCUUCUUCCAUCUCUGACCUCUCGUACCAUAUAUCACAUCGUAUGUCGGUUUGCCGUGGGCUCUCACCGCAGAUACGGCAAUGGGGCGUCCAUAUUCACCACGUCUGGAGUGCACGCAAGGAGAUUUCAAAAUGAGAUCGAAGCUGGGCAGGUUAGUGCCCCCACACGAGUUUUGAAGCCGAUUCAUUCGCUGGUUCGGUCGACGCCUCGCGUGUGCGCCAGCUUUAUUGAAAGCUUCCGUGCUGAUUGAUUGAUUGAUGCAGGUCGGCAUCAACGUUCCGAUUCCGGUUCCCUUGCCCUUCUUCUCGUUCACCGGCUCCAAGGCAUCGUUCGCGGGGGACCUGAACUUCUACGGUACGAUGGGCACGAAUCGCAAUCGCGCACUCUCCCCCCAUCUAUCUAUCUUCCUAUAAAUCUCCUCUCCACUGCCAGGCCGUCGUCCUCAAUUUUAACAUCCGGGGUGCUGAGUUUUGUGAUGUGUUGCGUGUGUCUUCCGCAGGGAAGGCGGGAGUGCAGUUCUACACGCAGAUCAAGACCGUCACCCAGCAGUGGAAGGACCUGCCGGGCCAGGGGGUGUCGCUUGCCAUGCCCACGUCCCAGAAGCCGUAG